AUGGGGUGGAUCAAGCGGCGCGUUCUUGGCAAGGGAACGUACGGCACAGUGUUUUUGGCCGAACCCACAGAUCCCACGGCUCCACCCAUCGCCGUUAAGACGUGUCCUCUUGCGAAGUCCUUCUCCCUCCAGUUGGAGAAAAGAGUGUUGGCGCAACUGCGCGGUUGUCCGGAGAUUGUUUCCUGCCUUGGGAGUACACACACCUUCGAAGACGGUAACGGACCCAAUUAUAAUCUGCUUCUUGAAUAUGCUGCGGGAGGUACGCUUGAAGAUUUGAUCAAGAAAGAUUCGGGUUUGUGCGAGUGGGAUAUUCGCCGCUAUGUGCGUAUGAUCCUCCGGGGUCUCUGUUCUGUGCAUGAAAAGGGCAUGAUUCAUUGUGAUCUCAAACCCAGUAAUAUCUUGGUCUUUCCUGGUGAAGGAGGGGUAAAUGAUGAUCGGCUUAAGAUUGCCGACUUUGGGCUUGUCAAGGAAGGCCGAGACUACAAUGUAGAAAUGGGAUUUUCAAGGUUUAAUUUUCGGGGCACCCCUUUCUACAUGUCGCCGGAGUCAGUUGCUCAUGGUGAGAUUGGGGCACCGUUAGACAUAUGGUCACUGGGUUGCAUUCUGGUUGAGAUGGUUACUGGGAAGCCUGCUCUGUGGAAGUAUCGGAAUCUGACCGCCCUGAAACUUCGGCUUGCGGUUGACCAACAAUCGCCGGGAAUACCUGAAGGGCUCUCCGAGGAUGGGAAGGACUUCUUGAGAAAGUGUUUUGCAAUAGACCCCAGUGAGAGGUGGACGGCCGAGAUGCUUCUGAAUCAUCCUUUUGUUUCUAAGCCUGUGUAUGGGACGACUCCUGACCCACCGGUAUCUCCGAAAAGCCCUUGGGAUUUCAGUUCAUCGUCCUUGUACCAUUCCUUGGGCCUGCCUCCGCCGGGUUGGUGCUCCUUUAUGCCUAGUGAUCAGAAUUCAGAGCAAUCGCAGGCUCCUUCUGCUUCCCUGCCUCCGCCUGGUUGGUGCUCAUUUACGCCUAGUGAUCAGAAAUCAGAGCAAUCGCAGGCUCCAUCUGCUUCCUUGCCUCCGCCGGGUUGGUGCUCAUUUACGCCUAGUGAUCAGAAUUCAGAGCAAUCGCAGGCUCCAUCUCCUUCCUUGCCUCCGCCGGGUUGGUGCUCCUUUACGCCUAGUGAUCAGAAUUCAGAGCAAUCACCGGACCUAUCUGCUUCCUUGCCACCGCCUGGCUGGUGUUCGUUCUCCUCGACAGAUUCGGCGUCAUCCGCCUGUGGCUCUCCUCAGUCGUAUCGGUUUGGAGGCAUCAGUGCCGUAAUGUAUUUUCUGGGUAUGGCAGAGGACAGCAAGUAUUUUGUUGGUUAA